AUGAGCAAGAAGAAGAACAAACCUGGAAAGUCAAUCAAGUUGCUGAAAGAUGCUGAACAAACAGUAACUUCAGAUUAUAUAACAGGAGAUUCCCUUGAUGAACUAUUGUCUAAACUUAUCAGGAGCGUGGAGACUGCCAAGGCUUCAAGGGGAGGUUUGCCAGAAAAGAUAUGGAUGAAGCAACAAUUUUCUGUUGGAGUCAACGACGUGACAAGGGUUCUCGAGCGAAUGCCCGCGGCUGCUGCUUCUCGUUCUGGCUGUUCCACUGAAGCACCGACCAGCACAGCUAGGCGGAGAGCUCCUUUGGUGCCACUUCAGGCUGUCAUUAUAGCCGCUGAUUGCAAUCCCAAAUGGCUAACAAAGCACAUACCAACCCUGGCAAGCACAAGGCAAGUUCCUGUAUUGUGCCUCAAGGACAACAAAGGAAGCUCCCUGAGGUUAGGUCAAGUGGCGAAUGUCCGAACAGCGCUGGCCAUCGGGAUAAAGGCCAGGGACAGCAUAAUCAAUAAGGCUGUGGACGAAGUGCUGAAGGAUUAUUAUAAGCCAGUGGCCGAUGAACAGUAA